CGAGCGGGAGAGAAAAAGAUUGUGAGCGGAGGAGAGGUUUGGCGGCACUGCCAACCGGCCUCUCCGAAGGACAAUCAAUUUACCAACCACCGUCGGGAAAGAAAGGAAGUGGGGCGGAGGAGCGGAAGCGUACAAGGGGUCCAGAGCGCCGAGUAGUCUGGGAGUUGUAGUUCCGGUGCUGUGGCGCUCGCGCCGGGCGGAUGUAGUCCGAGAAGGCGGGCGGAAGCUGGAAGUGUAGGUGCGGGAUUCCCUGCCGUGGCCGCGGGUCCGAAGCUCUGCGGGCUUGGGGGAGGUGGCUGGGACGCGGAAGGUGGCGCUGGCGGCAUUCGGGAGCCCCAUUUCCCUUAGGGUGGGUGCCAGGUGGACGUCGCCUCUGGCUUCUCCAGCAUGCAUGGCCCCCCGGCGGGCGGCUGCGGGCGCGGGGCCUAGGGAUGAUCUUCCCGGUCGCCCGCUUCGCUCUCCGCUGGCUGCAGCGGCCGGGAGCCCGGACCUUGUCCCGCGCUGCCAUGGAGGUGGCCUUCCGAGGCGUGCGGAAAAUUCUCUGUGUGGCCGAGAAAAACGAUGCGGCCAAGGGGAUUGCCGACCUGCUGUCCAACGGUCGCAUGAGGCGGAGGGAAGGAUUUUCUAAAUUCAACAAGAUCUAUGAAUUUGAUUAUCAUCUGUACGGCCAGAAUGUUACCAUGAUAAUGACUUCAGUUUCUGGACAUUUGCUGGCUCAUGAUUUCCAGAUGCAGUUCCGCAAAUGGCAGAGCUGCAAUCCCCUUGUCCUCUUUGAAGCAGAAAUCGAAAAGUACUGCCCAGAGAAUUUCGUAGACAUCAAGAAAACUCUGGAACGAGAGACCCGGCAGUGCCAGGCCCUGGUGAUCUGGACCGACUGCGAUAGAGAAGGGGAAAAUAUCGGGUUUGAGAUUAUCCACGUGUGCAGGGCUGUGAAGCCCAGUCUGCCGGUGCUCAGAGCCCGUUUCUCCGAGAUCACCCCCCGAGCCGUCCGGGCGGCCUGCGAGAACCUGACCGAGCCCGAUCGGAGAGUGAGCGACGCCGUGGACGUGCGGCAGGAGCUGGACCUGCGCAUCGGAGCCGCCUUCACUAGGUUCCAGACCCUGAGGCUUCAGAGGAUUUUUCCCGAGGUGUUAGCAGAGCAGCUGAUCAGCUACGGCAGCUGCCAGUUCCCAACCCUGGGGUUCGUGGUGGAGAGGUUCAAAGCCAUUCAGGCUUUUGUGCCUGAAAUUUUCCACAAAAUUAAAGUAACUCAUGACCACAGAGAUGGCGUCGUAGAAUUCAACUGGAAAAGGCAUCGCCUCUUCAACCACACAGCCUGUCUCGUCCUCUAUCAGCUGUGCAUGGAGGAUCCCAGGGCAACGGUGGUGGAGGUCAAGUCUAAGCCAAAGAGCAAGUGGAGGCCUCAAGCAUUGGACACUGUGGAGCUUGAGAAGCUGGCUUCUCGAAAGCUGAGGAUAAAUGCUAAGGAAACCAUGAGGAUUGCCGAGAAGCUCUACACGCAAGGGUACAUCAGCUAUCCUCGAACUGAGACAAACAUUUUCCCCAAAGACUUGAACCUGAUGGUGCUAGUAGAGCAGCAGACCGCGGAUCCUCGCUGGGGGGCCUUUGCCCAGAGCAUCCUAGAGCGGGGUGGCCCCACGCCACGCAACGGGAACAAGUCCGACCAAGCUCACCCUCCCAUCCACCCCACCAAAUACACCAGCAGCUUGCAGGGAGAUGAGCAGCGAUUGUACGAGUUCAUUGUUCGCCAUUUCCUGGCUUGCUGCUCCCAGGAUGCUCAGGGGCAGGAGACUACUGUGGAGAUCGACAUUGCUCAGGAACGUUUCGUGGCCCACGGCCUCAUGAUUUUGGCCCGAAACUAUCUGGAUGUGUACCCAUAUGACCAUUGGAGUGACAAGACCCUCCCCGUCUACGAGAGAGGCUCCCGCUUUCAGCCCAGCACUGUGGAGAUGGUGGACGGGGAGACCAGUCCACCCCAGCUGCUCACCGAAGCCGACCUCAUCGCCCUCAUGGAGAAGCAUGGCAUCGGCUAUGACUCCAUGGGCUAUGAGAUGUCCAAGCCCAACCUACGGGCUGAGCUGGAAGCUGAUCUGAAGCUGAUCUGUGAGGGGAAGAAGGACAAGUUGGCGGUUCUGACACAGCAAGUCCAGAAGUACAAGCAGGUUUUCAUCGAAGCAGUCGCCAAAGCUAAGAAAUUGGACGAGGCCCUAUCCCAGUACUUUGGGGAAGGGGCAGAGGUGGCCCAGCAAGAAGCCAUCUACCCAGCCGUGCCAGAGCCCAUCAAGAAGUGCCCGCAGUGCAACAAGGACAUGGUCCUCAAGACCAAGAAGAGCGGCGGGUUCUACCUCAGCUGCACGGGUUUCCCAGAAUGCCGAUCGGCCAUGUGGUUCCCCGACUCUGUGCUGGAGGCCAGCAGGGACGGGACUGUGUGUCCAGUUUGUCAGCCGCACCCUGUGUACAGGUUGAAGUUAAAGUUUAAACGUGGCAGCCUUCCCCCAACCAUGCCUCUGGAGUUCGUGGGCUGCAUCGGAGGAUGUGAUGAGACCCUGAUGGAGCUCCUGGACCUAAGAUUCUCGCGGGGCAACCCCAGAGCCUCCCAGCCGGCCAGCCAGCCCUCUACCUACCUGCAGGCAAGCCAGUCCCUGAACAGAAUCGGCAGUGCCCCCCGGGCCCUGCCACCACCCACUGCUGCCACUGGUGGAAGUGACUCUGUGACCUGCAACUGUGGCCAGGAGGCGGUGCUGCUCACCGUCCGCAAAGAGGGUCCCAACCAGGGCCGGCAAUUUUAUAAGUGCAACAGCGGCGGCUGCAACUUCUUCCUGUGGGCCGGCAGCAGCCCCGCGGGCGCAGGGGGACCCCCUGCCUCGGCACCAGGACCCGGGGGCAGCUCUCCAGGACACCCGCCCGGCCCGGGGGACCGCCGAGGUGGGCUGGGCAGACCUGGUGAUGACAGCGGCGGGGGCACGUCCUGCCUGUGCAGCCAGCCCACCGUCACGCGGACCGUGCAGAAGGACGGGCCCAACAAGGGCCGCCAGUUCCACACGUGCGCCAAGCCGAGAGAGCAGCAGUGCGGCUUCUUCCAGUGGGCGGACGAGAACGUGGCCCCAGGGAGUUUUGGAGCCCAGACCUGGCCCAGAGGCAGAGGCCGAGCCCCGGGGCCAGAGGCCAGAAGCAAAAGAGCCCGGGCCACUUCCACAGACACGGGGUCCACAGCCAAGAAACCCCGGAAAUGCAGCGUUUGCCACCAGCCUGGACACACCCGUCCCUUCUGUCCUCAGAACACGUGAGGCAGGGGAGGGGAGAGAGGGCCACGUCCUCACCCCUGCCCCUUUUGUCUCAGGAAUAAGCUGUUUGCACUAGGACCAGGCUGCCCUUCGCAGCCCUGGAGGCUCUGAGGGAAGUGGCAGCGUCUGGAGUCUCCCUACGUGUCGUGCUCGGGAGUCAGGAUCCGACCGCUCUGGAGAGAGGCCUGCCUCUGGUGGACUGCGGCCCUCCGCCUGGGCUGCUGGCGCUGCCGAGCAUUUUCCGGUGGCGUUGGUGCGUCCGCACUGUGGCUCGUGCCCUCUGGAAAGUCCCCUCGAGGGACCGGCACUCCCAGCACAGGCUCCAGGCAGCCUGGAAGGGGCUUCGCCCACAGACAUUCGAAGGGAGUGGAAGUGGCUCUUGUUCUCAAAUUGUGUCGGCCAGGACGCCCCACAGCCGUGUGCCUUAAUAAAGACUUGCGCCCUCUGC